GGCGCGAUGAAUCGCGAGCGGUGACCGUGAGGACUGGACUGCGCUUGCGGCCUUGGGUCAUUCGUAGCAACGGCAUCACAGAAGACGCAGCGGCCAUUGACACGCCAGAUUUUCACGAAAGACCGGCAAACCGUGUAACUACAGACAAACAUGAAUACUCUCGCCACCCUGGUUAUUUUGGCCAGCUGUUUUGCUGGACUGAACGCCCUCACCUGCCACUCGUGCAGCAUUCUCGACAGCGACUGCUCGGACCCAACUGACGGUACCAGCUACUCUGCCAAUUACUCCACUAGCUGCGCCACCUCCGCUGACUCCUGCUCUAAAAUCGUGGUCAAGUUGGACGGGACAGUCACGAGCACCACCCGUAGCUGUUCCUCCAGCUGCACCCAGCAAUGUGUCUCCCUCUUCACCAUUGAGACCUGCGAGUACUGCUGCACCACUGACGACUGCAACGGCGCAAGCGCGCUGACCUUUAGCCUGGCAACCGUGGCUGCUACCAUCUUGGGCGCCCUCGUGGUUCACGUGUAAAAGAGUUCCUUUUGUAAAUUUGCAUGUGUGUUUGUGUGUGUCAUGCUCUCUGAUUGGUCAGAAACGUUGAGAGUAACGGAUUUUAUACUUCAUAGGCUCGCGAAUGCACCCGUUUGUGAGAGACUGCACACUUAAUCUGGGUCGAUGAGCAGGUGACCUGUGAAUGGUUUUGCGAGUCCCGGAAAAUCACAGAUUAGGGUAUUCAUGGGCUUGGAAACAUAAGGUAAAAUGACACGUGACCAACAGUCUCAUGAGCGUCUUCAAGAUGUGAACGUUCAUGCUUGAAAUUGUGUGCAGAUUUUCUUAUACAUUUACUGUACCUAUCAUUCUCGUGUGGUGAUGGACUAGUUUCCUCGGAACUAGUUUUUUAUCUUUUUAUUUUCAACAGAAUUGGAUCACUGCUCUAGAUCGAUCUUACGUUUUUAGCUGGGCGUAGGACAUUUUUUGUUUUUUGCAUUUGCUUAGAUGCAAAUUCUGUGACACAAGAAUACUGGAUUGUUACGCAGGGUAUAAUUGCUACGCAUUAUCGUCAUCUAAUCACACUUUAACACCAAUACACUGUACAUAACCCUUUCUGGGACGAUGUGAUUCACUAUUUUGUAAGAACAGUUUAGUGUAUCAAAUGGCAAAAAUGUAUAGCUGAAAUGUACAUAUUUCUUAUUAGUCACUGUAUGACCUUUUACAAGUCAUGUCCCAUUUGAGUGUUUUAGCUUUUGUACUUAACCAGCGGGCUCCAACUGCUCCUUUAGAGUUCUGUUUUGUUACCGAAAGAAAUCCAUCACAAGUUGUCAGUAUUACAGGUUCCGCUAACACAUGAAAAACAGAGUUUGAAAUGGACUUGAAAUGGACCAGCGAAAUCGUUUAUUAUUGUAAAGUGGAUUUAUAUUUUGGUUGUAAUAAAGAAACAUUCUCCACUAAUACAA